CACCUCUAAAAUGACGUGCGUUGCAACGAUUUUUACAAGUCCAGAUAAAUACGGACAGGUGUGUUUCAUUAACAAAGGAUGAUGGGUUGGCAGUUUUGACUCAUCGUCUGCUUCUGUCUGUCCUCUGCUGUCGAAAGAAAACGCGGUGCAGCAUCAAAUCGGCAGCUGUCGCUGUGGUUGCUCAUAUUUAGAAUUGAGCAGUACUUUACAUCACCUUUUUCAAGAACCCCGGAAAAGAUAUUUAUUGGAUUAAAUGGAAAUUUGAAUCAGACGGUCGUUUUCUUCCUAUUUUAUCAAAAUGGAAACCACUAAUGGAAAUGACAUCCUAAGAAGAUCUCGUCGCCUUCGAAAUGUUGUCCCAGAGCUUCAUGGCUUGGUGGGACCAGAACGAACCCCUCCAAAGAAAAAAGUUGACAACAAUAAUGUGAAAAAGGACCUCUAUUCUUCAUCUGAUGAUGAUGAAGAUAGCACUGAUAAAGACACGUCUGAAACUGAGAAUUCUGACGAUGGACUCAAAGACUUUAAUGGCAUCAAUGAUUUUUUUCCCUCUGAUGGAAGAGAAAAGCAGACUAGGCAGUUCACCAAUCCUUCAAAAAUUGGUCUGUCCAGGUUGAGAGUUAAGGCAACUCCAUUAGAGCCAUUUACGCAAAAUAGGAAGCAGAGUAGCAGUUCUAUUGUUUCUCGGAGGAAAGUGGCUUUUGAAAACUUGUCAGGUGUAAAGGAGCCACAGUGUACAAGGUCCUCCAAUAUUCCACUAAAUGGUGUGAGGCUUCCUACCUCACAAGUUCAAUCUACAGCAAGUGGUGGAGUAAUUAAUUUGUUUUCUAGAGUUUGUCCCUUUAUCUUUGUUAGUCUUAUUAUUAUUUUUUAUUUUUGUUGUUGUUCUUAUAUGACUGAAACUAAGACCGGAUGUAACAGUUCAGAACUGAAGCAAAAAUUUCCUAGGCAAACUCCAAAACUAUGGAAUUACGUAGAGUCAAGCAGGUCUAAUUUUAAACCUUUUGUGCUGCUUCUUCUCCACGACAGUCAUGAAGAUGUAGCUAGUUGCCUAGCAAAGCAGAUUGCUCAAGAUGUAGCUUGCCAUAGGACCCAAAAUUUUAGUGAGCCAAAGAUUCUUAAUGGACGCAAUGGACGCAAUGGUUUAAACCGUAACAUUCUCAUGUCAAUCAGACAAGAGCUAGAAUAUAGUAAGUCAUUGGUUGUUUUGAAUGUGGAAGAUAUGGAUCCUGGUGUUGCUGGCUUCUUCCAUUAUAUCCUUGAUGUAGAGGAUCCUUGGGUGCAUGGUGGGGUGUAUGUCCUAACACUGAAUAUCCCCAAUAUUAAUUCAAAUUCAAUUAAUGCUUAUGCUUCUGUUCGGAAAUUUCUUAUGGAGAAGUGGGCAAAGCAUAUUGAAGAAGACAAUAUAGAUCCACUCAUUACUAGGUUUGGUAAUCAAGAAUAUGUGGUGAAAGAGGAUAGUAACCCUUGUCAUUAGAGUUACACUUCUGUAUCAUAGUUCAUAAUUUUCUCCACGUACUUCUAGCAUUAUAUGUGCUGUUACGCUGUUUAUUUUUUCCCCUUGUUUCUGUUGUUUUUUGUCUCUUGCGUUUUGCUUGAGAAACUGUUAAAUGUUAUAAUUUGUAAAUAAAAAAAUAUUUUGUUUUACAAUUUAA